AUGUCUGAACUGUGGAUUCAAACCCUAAAUGUGCCAGAAUGUCUGCAAUACCUGUGGGUGACGUCACAUCCCGUUUCACCAUUUCAUGAUUGCGUUAGAGGCUUAUGUGGAAAGGCUAAGGAAAUACUAAUGCAGGAAAGUAAUGUCCAGCCUGUGACAAUUUGUGGUGAUAUUCACGGCCAAUUUCACGACCUCGCUGAACUUUUUCGCAUCGGAGGCAAGUGGCUCUUAGUUUUGAAUACAAUAGGCGCCGUCACUUCUUCACAUGAAAAGAAUGAAAAUAUGAAUUUAUUUCCAUACACUAACUACCUAUUUAUGGGAGAUUAUGUUGAUCGUGGAUACUACUCGGUCGAAACUGCUUCUAAAUCUUUUGUUGCACGCUUGAUCGCGUUCAAGAAGUUCCGCACAAAGGAACAAAAUGUUACUAUUUUCAGUGCUCCGAAUUACUGUUACCGCUGUGGAAACGUGGCUCACCAUCUGAUUUUCUCCGUCGUCUCUGAAGUGUUGAGCAAGCGUGCAUCGUCCUUCGAUGAGUUGCUUCAAGCUGAUUUUCUCUUGUUGGGUAACAUUUUUCAAAAAGCAAUCUUUAUCGAUGAUAUUCUUCUCAAAACCAUUAUUAUUCUCCUCAAAGCACUCUCUGGGCUCAAUUUUGAGGUUUAGAUGGGAUUUUCUUGUUCUUUUUGACAUAGAGAUGUUGUAAUGUGGUUUGGUGAGGUUAAUUUUGCUUUGGCUUCCCAUAUUUUUCCCGUUCUUUUGUUGAGGAAAAUAUGUGGGGGAUUUGAGGUGUUUAAAUUGUGUUAGUGGUGAUUGCAAUUUGCAUGUUGUAAUUGAGUGAGUAGUAUUUUUAAGCAUAUGGUGGACUAAUGACACAUUUUAAGCGAUUGUGUUUUUUGGUUUUGAAGUGUUAAAGUGUCGUUUUAUAUUGGUUGGUCUAUUGCAAUCUCGAGUGGCAAAAUUGAUAAACCGACACCUUCAAGAAGGGGCAAUAUAUAUUAUAUAUGUAAGAAGCCUUCUA